AUGGAGCUGUCUUACAUUAUUGAUACUGUUAUAAUGUCCUAUCUUGAUAUUAAUAUCCUGAACUUGAAUGAGCACUGUCUGAAGAGUGCGGGCAGCCAGAAGCUGCUGGAUGAUCAGGAUGAAGUGAAUCACAACUACUUAGCAGAUGAAGAGGAGGAAGCAGAAGAAGAGGCUCAGAUGAUGAUGGCGCCUGGUCUGGAGGAAGAGGAAGAAGAGGAGGAAGGAAAAGAGGAGGAGGAAGAAAGGGAGGAAGAAGAAGGUCAGGGUCAGUCAACAGGCAAUGCCUGGUGGCGGAAACUGCAGAUCGUGAAUGAAUACCUGUGGGACCCGGAGAAAAGGAUGUCUCUGGCCCGAACAGGUCAGAGUCGGAGUCUUAUUUUAGUCAUUUACUUCUUCUUCUAUGCCUCCCUGGCUGCUGUGAUCACCCUGUUCAUAUACAUGCUGUUCCUAGCCAUCAGUCCUUACUUGCCCACCUUCACCGAGCAGGUGAAACCUCCUGGAGUUAUGAUCAGACCCUUCGCUCAUAGCCUUAACUUCAACUUCAACGUUUCUGAACCUGAAACUUGGCAGCGUUAUGUAAUUAGCCUAAAUGGCUUUCUCCAGGGCUAUAAUGACAGUCUUCAAGAGGAAAUGAAUAUAGAUUGUCCUCCGGGUCAGUACUUCAUCCAAGAUGGAGAUGAAGAUGAGGACAAGAAGGCCUGCCAAUUUAAGCGCUCCUUCCUGAAGAAUUGCUCUGGGUUGGAGGACCCCACUUUUGGAUACUCUACCGGACAGCCUUGCAUCCUCCUCAAGAUGAACCGGAUUGUAGGCUUUCGUCCUGAGUUUGGAGAUCCUGUGAAAGUAUCCUGCAAAGCUCAGAAGGGUGAUGAAAACGACAUUCGAUCCAUCAAUUACUACCCAGAGUCGGCUUCUUUUGACCUCCGCUACUACCCUUACUAUGGCAAACUGACUCACGUUAACUACACCUCCCCACUGGUGGCAAUGCAUUUUACAGACGUGGUGAAGAACCAAGCAGUGCCUGUACAGUGCCAGCUGAAGGGCAAAGGCAUUGUAAAUGAUGUCAUCAAUGAUCGUUUUGUUGGGAGGAUAAUCUUUACCCUGAACAUAGAAACCUAGGAACUCCAGGGGGCCACUCCCACCAGCUCUAAUUCUGAUUAUGUUCUAUUUUGUGUUAUCCCUGGUAGCCCCUCAAUUCUUUUUUUCUCAGUUAAGACAUGGCCAGAUGGACGCCUAAGACAGCAGAUCAUCUUUCCUUGCCUUUGACGUGUGUAUGAAGUGAUAUUGUGGGACCUGCUUGUUUUUCGUUUUAAGGUCAUCAUUUCUCCUGAUGAAAAAUAUGACUAUAUUAAUUUCUUUUCCUUCACUUCAAAAUCAGACCUUUUCUUGCUGCUAGAAGUCUUGCUAUAUACAUAAACAGUCUCUGAGAACAUUCACCAUGGUCAGGAGAAUGUUCUAUCAUGUUUUCUAAAACUAUGUUGGUUUUAGAGGUGAUAUUACUCCCAGAGAGGUGGAUAGUCUAACCAACCCAUACACACCUUUAAAACUGCCUGUCAAGGUCUUUUCUUAGAAACCAACAUCAGACCAACCCAUACUACUACUUUCUCUACAGAACUUUAUAUCUGAAGUGGGGGUUGAAAAUUUGGCUCUCUCCCAUAGGUGACUCAAUACUGAUUUAAAGAAUCCAUUAUUUUCAGCCAGAACUGCAGGACAACAGGACAGCAAGCAAUGCUGACACGUUAUUGAUCUGGGUUAGAGAUGAAGACCCUCUGUGAGACUUUUUGUGGGGAGAGUUAGAUCCUAGUGUAAAUGAGAACUGUUAGCAUACGAUGAGCUUGGUUGUUGAGUGCUCUGUAGUUUAAUCAUCCAAAGGCAAACAGGUUUUUCUCCACUCCAGGCAGAAGAGAAAGCAUGAAAAAAAUCUUCUUUGGUCAAUUCUUCUUUGCCCAUAUGCUUGAUAGUUGUGUGGUUUUCUUUAAGAUCAGCAGGGAUGGGUGCCUUGAACCACCACCACCCCAGCUACAACCUUGGGGAUUGAAAUUAGGGUUCUCCAGCUAAAACAUGGGCGAGACAGAAAGCUUCUGUCAGGCCUCCCUGAAGCCAAUGCUCAUUAGCCAGUUUUUCAUCUACUUUUUAAAAAAUCCCAUGAGGCAGAUGUUUAUUCAGGUUGUGGAUCAGCCAAGUGGCUUUGCUUUUAUCUUUGGCCAUGUGACCAUUCCAAUCGCUUCUUAACACCUCCACCAGGGGGAGGGCUGGGACAAAAAGAGGAGGCUAACAUCAUGUCUCAGGGUCCAAAGCAAGCUUAAAUACCACUUACAAGGCUGCAGAGUCUGAAUCUACUCUACGUUGUUUAAUUUCUCCCAAAACAGGGAACUGGAAGGCUAAUGGGGAAAGACGAGUGAAACUUGGCUAUAAUAUAGGGUGACAAGAGACCUAAAAAUAGUAUAUGGAAAUGCUAUGGGAAACAUGAGGCACAAUGACUCUCUCCAGCUGCGAAAGUAGCAGAGGAAAUUGCACAUUCGAAGCCAUAAGCAUGAAGACAUCGUGUGCUUUGGUAAUUCUGAACAGUUCACAUGAGAGCUCAGAGGAAGGAGGAGACUGGAUUGCACAAGUAUUUAGGGACGUUGAGAGAAAGGGAGUCUUUAAAGUGUUUUAAUCAGGGAAUCCCUGUAAGCACAUUUGCAUUUGAUCAAGAGCACUGGAGCAGUCAUAACAUCAGGAGUGAAUCCGUGACAGAAAGGACAAAACCAAGACAGGAAUCGAGGGAGAGGGGGAAGAGUGGAAAAAUGAGCCCAGGAUUUUGAGCUUGGCAAAAAUCAGUGAGAUAGUGAUAUUGAUAAUUGAGACAAGGUAUAAAAGAGAAAGAGAUUAGAAAGGAAGUUGUCGAGAUCACUUUGGGGCAGUUUUAUCUUGUGAUUUCCUCUGGUCAGACACUGAUGUAGAGAUAUGAACAGGUGUAGAGUAGAA